GGCCGCCGGGAGCGCAGCCGGGGCGGCGGGUGCGCGACGGACACAGCCCCGGCCCCGCCGAGCCGAGCCGGGCCGGGCCGGGCCGAGCCCAGCAGCGUUUCAGGAGUGCCUGUUGGACUCAAGAGCCACCAUGAACGUGGGAACAGCACACAGUGAGGUGAAUCCCAACACCCGUGUCAUGAACAGCCGGGGCAUCUGGCUCUCCUACAUCCUUGGAAUUGGCCUGCUGCACGUUGUCCUCCUGAGCAUCCCCUUCUUCAGUGUCCCCGUGGUCUGGACUCUUACCAACCUCAUUCACAAUAUGAGCAUGUACAUCUUCCUGCACACCGUGAAAGGAACCCCCUUUGAGACCCCAGACCAGGGCAAGGCUCGGCUGCUCACCCACUGGGAGCAGAUGGACUACGGGGUGCAGUUCACGGCAUCACGCAAGUUCCUGACCAUCAUGCCCAUUGUCCUGUAUUUUCUAACCAGCUUUUACACAAAGUAUGACCGGAUACACUUCAUAAUCAACACCAUCUCCCUCAUGAGCGUCCUGAUCCCCAAACUGCCUCAGUUCCACGGAGUCCGGAUCUUUGGAAUCAACAAGUACUGAGCUGCGUGGCUGGAGUGAGUGGCCGAGGGGUGGGGGAAGAAGGGGAAGUUCCUCCUCUCUGACCCUGUUUCUUCACCCCCAAGCACUCUGGGAUAGAAUUUAGCCACACACCGCAUGCUGGAUCCUCAUGCCCAAUAAAUCUAACCAAGCUCCAGAGUAGAGUUUAGCGCGGAGCAGGAUGCGUGACGCUGGAUUUCUUCUGUUUCCAGCGUCACAAGUAGAUAUGCAGAGACACUGAGACUUCCAAGGUACUAAGAGGAUGAAUUCUGGGGAGACUUUCAUUGAUCCCAUACAUUGGAUGAUGAGGAGAGUGACAAGGGGAAAAGCUUUUAGUGCUGGUACUAUUGCUGUGGUAAAUGCACUUUAAAAUAUCUUUCCCUUUCUGAAGCUAGGUGCUUUUAAGCGAGACUUUGGGGAAAUUCAAAGGGAAACAGCCAGGCUUUCCCAAUAUUUGAUUGUUUGGGGGUUUGAGUUCCAUUUGUGGGCAGGGGAGCGGGAGGGGGUAGAGAAUGACAGAUUUUUUUCUUUCGCAAUCUUUUACGCCAUCGAGAGAGGAAGUUGUUUUACUAACAGCAGCACGGGAAGGGGUGACCUGCAACUGGACAGAACUUUCCAUGGUCUGCAGCACCAUUCAUGUGGUCCAGGGCAAGAGGGAACACAUCCUAACUCACACUUAUUUGCAGCUUGUUCCAGAAUCUGGGGGAUUCCACUCCACAGUCCAAACUGCUUCUUUUUAAGCAUGCUCUGAGUGCCUGGGCAGGGUAGCCUUUGGACUAAGGGCUGAAGACUGAUGGGUAUAGGCCAAACGAGACAGAUGGCUGCUUGCUGUAACCAGUUAGGGAUUGUAAUUGGAAUUUUUCACCUCAGUCCAGUUCUUUGGUGUUACUGGGAUUUGCAAGUGGACUUGCCUCAGGCUCAAACUCGAGGCAGGCGAGCGUGGGAUUUCUGUCUUAGCUGGAAGCUUGGCACUCAGCAGACUGACUGGACCAACAGAAGGGUCACAGAUGAUAACAGAUCAGUCCAGGAACAAAAUUCAGCCCCUUCCCCAUAAAGUUACUACAGAAACGGAGUGGGUUUGCAGGUUUAAGUUUCCUCACUGAGACAGCUUUAUGUUGUUCAGAGCAAUCAGGUUUUCCUUUUGGGCUGUGCAGCGGAUGAAAUGUGUUUUGCCUCAUUCUUCCCCUUGUCAGCUCAUGAAAGGCUGCAUUUUUGUGGUCAUAGUGCUUACACGGUCUCACCCUUUGGACAAUGGUAUGAACAUUGAAAAUAUGCUGGGUUUGUUCCUGCAUUAGCCAAUUCUAGCUUCAGAGGUCACAGUGGAUCUUUUUCACUGUGAGGGUGAGGGAGCAGUGGAACAGGCUGCCCAGAGGGGUUGUGGAGGCUCCUUCCUUGGAGGUCUUCAGGACCCACCUGGACAUGUUCCUAUGCGACCUAAUCUAGGUGAACCUGCUUCUGCAGGGGGGUUGGACCGGAUGAUCUCUAAAGGUCCCUUCCAACCCCACCAUUCUAUGAUUCUAUGAUCUUGUUGAGUUCCAUUUGAUGGUCUGAGCAUAGGACAUGGGUAGGGGAGCUCCAGGGUUGCAUGUAAGAUGUGCUGCUCCUCCAUGUGUAAUUUUAGGCAAGCUGCUUUACUUCUCUCUCUCAGACUUGCUAUCAGAAGGGAAGAACAUUCAGUGUACCUCUGAGGGCUGCUGGAAUGCAUAGAGAAUCAUUACCAAAUAUGUUUGAAAAGUGGAAAUAUUUGAAGUGGAAAAUGAAGUUUUCAAGAAGGCAGGAAGAGUCAAGAGUCUGUCUUGAUCUGUGUGUGCUCUUCUCCAGCAAGGGAGUUCGACAGACGUGGCAUUUGCACAGUGAGAGGAGGGGUUAAACCUUUUAACCACCAUGACAUAAGGACUGCUGCUUUAGUUGAGGUACUAUAUACCCUAAAGCUAAUAUACUCUUUAAGCAACUAGACAAUGACUUUUGAAAAACGAAAGAAUAGUUUUCAAAGUAGAGAUGUUUCAUCAAUCAGCUAAGUACCUUUGAAAUGACUGAGAAAUCAACAGCAUCCAUGCCCUAAAAUGCUUUGGGAAGGGCUGCUGCCCUCCGAGGUGCAGGCCUGGCCUCAGGCUGGCUGUUAACAGACACCACUUACAUGCCACUGGGAAGUCUCCAGAGGAAGGACAAGUAUUUAUUUCUUUUAGUAGACAAGCAGGGGAAAACCACCAUCUUUGUUUGCAACAGUGCAAACAGGUCGCUCUGUGCUUAGAAACAUUUCACCUCUACAGACAGACGCAUGAUGAUCAUUUCCAAGUAUAUGCACAUUGCACAAAGUCAGGCAGCUUUGAUGUUUUUAGCAGAAGUUGUUCUUAUCAAUGAAGUACAGCACUUGACAGAGCUUCCUUGAAGGCCCUGGCACUACAACAGCUGAGUGUUUGAUAUUUGUGUGCUGUUAACUGACGCUGUGGCCACUCGAUUCUGCUUUGUUAAAUUAAACAUCAGCUGUAAAACAGAGGUGGGUUUUAAAGCCUGAAGUCUAAAACUUCAUCUUAGGCAAAGCCUUCACGAUGAUAGUAAGCUUUUGUGAUUGACAUUGUUCACGCUGAAGGGGUUAAAACAGCCAUUACAGGGAUGUGCAUUACGUGGCAAAGGACAUUCUUUACAACAUGGGUGGUAGGUUUGCUGAUAACCAAAGGUAUCUUGGACUUGUACAGUUAAUCUCAUCAAGGGAAACACAAAAACUGGAGAAGUAGGGAAAGAAGUGUGAGAGUUGAAGAAAGAUUUCUUGUUAAUCAUGUGGGGUGCUGAGUGUCUACAUAAGAUUAAUAACUACUUGAACAAUUACACAUCUGAUGGUAUCCUUGUAAAGGUCCUGUCUUAAGGGUAGGUAUCUGAUCAAAACCAGAAAGGAAACCUGAAAUUAACUGUAAUUAAGCCACAGUCAUAAUUGCUACCUGCUAGCAGUACUGGUCAGAACUGAAGGAGUUCUGGGUAGUGCUGGUCAGAGGCGAGUUGUCUCCUGGGGUAAGCUGCACUUGGCUCUGUCUGCAGCUGACUCUGGAAGUAACAGGAUGGUUCUGGGUCUUCCAGAACUCCCUCCUGAAACCACUUCUGGUUUCUUCACAGCACUCAAGGGCUAACCCUGCACACACACAGGAGUGAAAGAGUGUGGUUCAAACAAUGACACUGAGGGGAAAUCUGAUUCCUAGGAAAAGAGUGAUGGGGGCAGGAUGGGGGAUGGCAGCAGCUAUCUCAGGGCAAAGCCUGCCUUUGGGUGGAGAGGCACAAAGAAUGUCCCUUCCAGCCAUUCUGUGAUUCUUUUAGAGGGUAGGUUUUUCUCCAAGUACCUACAGUGAAGGAUUUAAUUCAUCUUUACUGACUUUCAAUGGGCUUUUUGAUCACAUCAGGCUUGACAGUUCUUCCUCUCAGACUUGUGCUGGAUUAGUCUAGGGCAAAGCUGGAGAAUUGGAGCUGGGCUCUGUCCUGUGACCGAGAAACAAUCACUAGGUAAGGAGGUACUUCAGAUGCUUUUCUUUUUUUUUGUUCUGCCUUGAAUGCUGAAGGAGAAAAGCUUUUGAACACCACCAGUCAGGUACUACCAGCCUGACCCUUCAUGAAUUAGGGGUCCUGCCUCUAACCUGGCUAACAGAAUGUCACACAGUCCAGCUGAGGAAAAGGCCUUUGAAAACAAAAAACAACAAACCAAACCUGAGAUCUAGGGCUACAGAAUUCCUGAAUAGUUUGGGCUUUUUAAAAAACUGUCCUUUAAUUUUUUGUUUGUUUUAAUAAGAGCACAGUACUGGCCCUUGAGAAGGGGACAGAAGCCACUGUUUGGAUUUCUCUUUGUGACUUAUGUUGUUUUAUUGUUGCCUCUAACAUCUUUUGAGCAUGCAAAUGUUUGUGUAAACUUAUCCUCCUUGGAGCAGUUUCAGUGAGCUAAAUUAGUUGGGUUUUUGUUUUUUUAAUGGAACAUUUUGACAUUGUGCAAACUCUUAGGUUGUUUUUGGUUGGGUUUUUUUUUUCCAGUAGCCCUUCUUUUUGCUGUGAUACAGAAGUCUCAUGUAGAGAACUUUCUAAAAUAAAGUGUGACUAUUUUUAUUA